UAUUUCUGAACAUUUGAGGUCAAGAACAAGAUCUUAUUCCAUCUAAGUGAGUUAAACUUAAAAGCCAUAUAAAAUGUUGUUAAUAAUGAGAUUUACUUAAAACCUAACUACCAAGAACAAGACACUGGGUUAUUUUAAGGGAAGACUUUUAUCAAAAAUAUAAUUAUAUAAAAUUAUUUAUACAGAAAAGACAUAAAACUGAUACCCCUUUCUGGGCCCCUUGUGUUGAUUUGUUUUAUACCAUAUGGUGUUCUUUUCUUAUAUAGAUUGUAUUGACUUUAUUACAUAUACUACUAACCUUUGAACAUACAUGUCAAGUGUGGUAGAUUUUACACAUGAGUGUCAAUAUAUAUUUAUAAAUAUCAUAUGUUCAACUCAUAUGUCAAAACUGAUACAACUUUAAACUAGCUUGAUUUAGCUUUAUAGGGAAAAACAACAUAAAUCAUGCCUGUUGAAAGUUGGAUAAUGUAUUGUGUGGGGACUGAAAAGUUAGACGAUUACUUGACUCUCAGAAGAAAAUGACCAAAUCAGGUAAAACGCCAUUAGCUGAGUAUCUAAAACAACGUAAAUCAGAAUCUGAAGAUGCAAAUGGAAGUGUGAAUAAAGUGAUAGAAAAAAGGCAAAGAGAAAUGGAACGACGGCUACGAGAGAAAAUCGUCCUGUGGCGAUCACCCGUCACAACCUUGAAAUAUUUCAUUCUAGAAGCCAGUACACUUUUCACAUUACUCUGUGCAAGGUUAUAUGGAAGAAAAAAAUCUGUGAUGCUUGUACUCAGUUUUAUUACUUUUCUUGUCCUUGUGUAUUAUAUAGAAGGAGCACAUCAAAAAACUGUAGCAAGUAUGGAGAAAACAUUCCUGUGGUGUGCGUAUUGGGUUGGACUCGGAAUAUUGUCCUCGGUCGGUCUAGGGACAGGUCUACAUACUUUCCUGUUAUAUCUG